GGCAGGACUGGGGCUCCAAGAAUGUUUUGGCCGUUCGGCACUUUUUGCUGAUCGCUGAGUGGACAAGAAACUGCGCAGCUGCAGAUGGGUGUCGGUGGAGAGAUGGAUAGCUGGACUACGUUGCACGCGAUGCUUGCGUCACUCUACUGUGGUGAUUGCGUGGUCCGGUAUACGAAGGCACUGCGCCGCUCUAAGCUUGUACGACACCCAAAAAGAGAGGCGGUUGGACAUUUAUGCUGAGACGGACCAGUCCAGUUGUCGUGCUGCACUGCUUGUCGCAGGUUAUGAGCGUUGUGCUGCACCUUCACAACUCAGUGGCC